AUGGAAAGGCCUGACAUGUGCUCGCAUGAUGUGUACGUUUCUUGAUCAGAAUUGUCUUAAAGUUUACAAAUAGAUUCGAAUUUCCGUGCGUCUUCUUAGUUACAAAUUAUAGCAAUGAACGUUGAAGAAGACAAGUCGGUUGGCGAUUUUGACGUUUUCUUCGAUCAAAUUGAUUACUGAACAGACGAACGGCAAAGUCUUAGCUAAUAUAUUGUUUUCAUACAGUAGUAUGAUAGUGUUAAGACUUCAACAGAGAUCGACAGCAAGGAUUUUUUCUCCAUGUUCGGUAUUUCCUUAUGGUAAAUGAUUAAAACUAGGUAUUCUUUCUCUUACCUGGUAACAGCUUUAUCAGCAAAAUUUGGCGAUGUUGGCUAAUUCUUUCAACUUGGAAAACUUUAAACAACAUUUCCAGCAGGCCAUUCCAAAACCAUCCGCCACACGAGGGUCCCGUCGCUGUCGUGUUUUCUCUCGCGUGCCGCUCACGCGUGUGUUUUUCACGAGAUCGCCCCAAGUGGAGAGCUCGCUCGCAGGCUAGGCAAGAAACCGACAAGCCUAAUGAUCCGGCGUGAGUGGCUCCCAGCUGGUCUAAAGGAAAAACUAUUCUACUAAAUUGGGGUGUCUUACGUCAAAUGGAAACGGUUUCAAUGUAUGUAAUAAUGGAAUGGAACUCUGACUAACUCAAAAUGUUGUUGCUGUUUUUUCUAUUCAUAACAGAUAUGAGCUGAUGACUGACUGUUGGAAGGAGGAACCUCGCUCUCGUCCCAGUUUCUUUCAGCUGAUCGAAAAACUGGAGGUGAUGAUGCAGAGUGAUGCACCAUACUUGGAUUUAAACAAACAUAAUGAAGAUCAUUCGUAUUACAACGUGCCACCUGAAGCUAGUGGUGAUUAA